AUGGGGGGCCAUGCUGAAGAAACAGUGGGAAGAACCCGUGGCAAACGUAAUUCAGAACGAAGUCCAGCUCGAAAUCGGAGGAGUGGAUCUCGACAGAGGAAGCCACGACGAUCUCAAAGCAGGACCGCAGACAGGAAACGCGAGCGUUCAAAACCGGAAGCACAGUACGGUUUCGACCCCCAAAAAAAUAAGACCAAGAAGAAUGCACUCAACAACUUCCUGAGGCGCCUUGUCCGACCAAAACCAAACGAGCCUGCUUCAGCGAGCUUCAAGACCCUGGAGGUUGAAGGUGGGUGGCAAAGCACAAUGACACUAGACAGCCGUUGUUGUGCGAAGAUUUGGCCAAAGGAAGGUCCCACCAAGUGCUUCGUUGGUGAGAUUUGCGGAGCCAAGAAUGAGGCAGAGGAGUCUGCAAUGGAGAAAUUCUGGCAGGAUCCAGAUGUGCGGAAGACAGCCGCAACCCUUCCACCUUCAAACCGGCAGAAGGACAGAAUCAGGUCGGUGGCUCGCUACAAAGAUAAACAGAGAGCCAACAAUCAGCUGCGGCACCAUGCUCGCCUGGAACAGAGACGCGCAGAAAGCGGGCUGAGAUGA